AUGUUAGGGGAAGAGCCAUCGGAGAAAAAGAGGCUGUCAGAAACUGAGGAUGAACUUCAAUCACCUGAGGAAGGACCCAAGCGGUCGAAGCUGCCGGACGACGACGAGCGUGACGAUUGCAUCUUCUUUGAGGAUGACACAGACUCCGACUUAGAGGAGGAUUUUCAGCGAGGACUCGUCGAAUGUGGUCAUAAGGAUACGUACGUAGCUCCCAUGGUCGAUGAGGAAAAGGUAGAUGGUAAGAGAAGGUGCCUCCAAGAUGAUUUAUGCAACAUAUUUCAGCACGAAGCUGCGUUUAAGGGAUUACCUCUCUUUGAGUUGUUCAAAGUUAGGCUGAAAUUCAACGACAAACGCCGGGAUACUAACGAACCCUUCAGGGAUGCUCGGCUUUGCGGCGAGAUUGUUAAUUUCGUACAGGCUCAUUCCACAAUACCCAUAGCCGAUUAUAAUUUGGAUUUGGAUAAUCUCACUCCCAUCUCUUACUACACGGUGAGCCCUAGUGAACCCGAUUUUGUGAAUCUCGACUAUGAUAACAAGUACACCCUUCUCCCCUUAGCCGGGCCUAAUCCCAGACCCCCUAUCCAUUCAAACCACACCCUAUCUAUUGAUUUUGCUCUCAAGAUUAACGAUGAGCUUGUGAUGAAUGAUGGUGUAGAACAUCGUAACCCUCAACUCUUUGGAAAUAACGAGUCGGUUAAAGCGGGCUUACUGAUUCAAUCAGUCGAUAUGGUAUUAAAUGAUCGCGCUGAGGGACCAUAUAUUAUGAGGACUGUCAUGGGGAAUAGGCUGUGUGACCGUAUUCUAAUUUCUGCGCAUUAUUCUGUGUACGAUGGAGCGUGGGCUACUAUUAAGCUUAAACUUUUGAAGCAAGGAGUGAGAUUUUUUCAUGGUUUUAUCAUGGCCCGGCCAUGUGUGUUCUAUUCGAGGAUAUGUCUGCUGUCCAUUCAGCCAGGGAAUAAAAUCAGGCUGCAGAGAGGUGACAGGGGUGUUGUGGGGCCCGAUGGAUCUAUUGAGCUUUCGAGGUCUGUGGUCGUUGUUCCAUCCUAUGCUUCCCUCAUUAUUGGUGCUGCACUGUAUGAUUGUGAAAAAGGUGGAGAGGUUAUCUGCCGAGGGAGAACUUGUUUUUAUGCCAAAGAAUCAGGAGAAGAAAUCCAGAUCAUUUCCUAUAAUGGCGUUGAAACCCUUCAAGUUACUGUCAACUGGAAAUGUGAAACUUGA